AUUGUCAGUGGUCAGUGGCCACUGGGCACUGGGUAGUAGCCAGUAACAAUCGAGCGCCUCGCCAAGACGGGCGUGCGUUCGCGCAUAACAUGACGACUCUACACAUAGUCUCCGCGUUAGUUGCAACCUAUAUGUGCUUCGUUCAAGGGCCCUGCAAUCAUCAACAAUGGAAAACGCUGGUCAAGAAAUACAUGCUGAUAACGAUGAGACACGAUAGCCUGAUGUUAAAAGAAUCACCAUGUCUGACACCAAAUGGUGUCACCGGCCAGUGCAUAAAUAUAAACGAAUGCAAAGAUCUGUUGGCAAUACUCGACAAUCCGCAACGUUCAAAAGAAGAAGUUGAACUCUUGAGGAGAUCUCACUGUGGAUUUGCAGACAAGGUGCCAAUGGUUUGUUGCCCCCAACUUACACCGCCGUUAGACCGACGAUGUUUCACCUACGAGGGCAAAGAGGGAACAUGUCUUGGAUUGUACUCCUGUCCACUAUUAAUGGGUCUUCUAAAACCUCCAGUGUCGAAGGACAACUUGAGUUACGUACAAUUAUCGAGAUGCGAAAGCCCAGACCGGUACAGCGUGUGCUGCGGUCCUGAUGAAGCAGUGCCUCCUGCUCCUGGUAAACAAGCCAUGUGCACCCUCACUGCCGCACCACCUGACCCUCGAACCGAAUGCUGUGGACUGGAUAGCGGAGGAGGGAAUAGGAUAUUUGGUGGAAACGUAACAGCCAUCGACCAGUACCCAUGGCUGACGCUCAUCGAGUAUAGAGGUGUUCGGGACGAUAGAAUUAAGCUGCUUUGUGGUGGGGCCCUCAUCAGCGGUCAGUACGUGCUGACCGCAGCACACUGCGUUGUUGGACCAGUAUUAAAUAGCGGAACGCCAAUAAACGUGCGUUUGGGUGAAUACGACGUGAGCUUCAGUGGUAGGGACUGCGUGCAAGUCGAGGGUGGAGGUACAGACUGUACGGACCCUGUGGUCACCAUACCCAUUGAGAGGACCAUUCCCCAUAAGGAUUACAACCCUUCCGCUAAACUGAGAAGGAACGACAUCGCAUUGUUGCGAUUGGCACAGAUGGCACCUUAUACUGAUUUCAUCAGACCCAUAUGUCUUCCUAACAUGGACAUAACGCUCAACACAAUGACCAAUAUAAGACUGGAGGUAGCAGGCUGGGGAGCUAUAAGUGACACAGAGAGCUUCAGCAAUCUUAAGUUACACGUUGACCUGCCUUUAGCCACCAAACAACAAUGCGAGCCAUAUUACGCCCAAAGGCAAGUGCCAUUAUGGGAUGGUCAAAUCUGCGCUGGUGGUGAAAAGGGCAAGGAUUCCUGCAAGGGUGACUCCGGGGGACCUCUUAUGAACGAGAACGGGAAGGUUUGGGAGGUGGUGGGCGUGGUGAGCUUCGGACCAACACCUUGCGGAAUGGAAAACAUACCUGGAGUUUAUACGAAGGUUUACGAUUACCUUCCGUGGAUUCGCACUCAGAUGAAACCUUAAUUUAAUAACAAUAAUAAAUAUAGUGAAUUUAAAAGGUGUUUUCUAAAUGACAGUAUUGUGAGAAAUCAAAGCAACAAUACGAGAAUAGAAUAGUAACAUAAUCCAUUGAAAUGUUACAUAGGCUGAACAUUUGCUAGAUGACGCAAUUUUA